AGGGAUGCACAGCUUCCCUCAUUCAGAGGGCAAGAGGCUGUGUCUGUCUGUGGGACUAAUCAGCAGCAUGUUAAAAUCUCAGGAGCUUCAAUGAAAAGAGCAUUGUGAACUGUAUGGCUGAAGACAGGGAAUGUCUGGGAUUGAUGGUCCUGAACUGAGAUUAUUCUCACUUUUGUGGAACUGUCUGGGCCUGUCGUGAGGCCAGCGGAGAGGCAAGCUCUGGGUUUAUCUGGCCAAUUCGCUAGCGUGCAGGUGCCUUGUAAGCUGCCACCAGAACAGCUGUCACUGCCACAGCCAACGUGUACACGGACAUCCCCUUCCCGUCCUCAGAAGUGGGAUACUACAAGCCUGGAGCCUGUUGACACCGCUGCUGUUCGUCUUCGGUGGCCAGAGGACUCUUCUCCAGACUGACAACUGGGGACUUGUGCAACAAUUUGUACUCAGAUGGCUCAGACCUGGGCAGUUCUGGCUGCACUCCUUUUCUUGUUAAUCAGCGUGGUUCAAGGGUCAGCUUAUAACAUAGUGAAGGUGGAAGCUGGUCAUGAGGCUGUGCUGAGAUGCCCUUACUGCUUCAAGGAGCCUUUGCUAAUGGUGACGUGGAAGAUGAAAUCCAGCGCUUACUGCUUGUUGGCCUAUAGAUAUAACAACAACGAGACAGUAAAGUUAAACUGCAGUGAGAGGAUGACAUGGAAAUACUCACCUGACGGUGACCCUGCUCUUCGUAUUUACCCUGUGAACCUUGGCGAUGAGGGAAAUUACACCUGUGAAAUUGUCAGCAGUGAGGGGAAUUUUCUUUUUUUCUCUUCUCUGAUUGUGAUAGUCCCUCCUACAGUGACUUUGACCUCCAACAAGAGUGGGGUGGCUGUUUGUCAAGCCUCUGCAGGAAAGCCAGCUGCAGAAAUCUCCUGGCUGCCUGCAAGUAAUCACAGCACUGAGGAAGAAGUUCAUCACCCCAAUGGAACAGUAACCAGAGUGAGCUGUGUAGGUUGGCUCAGCAGCAUGCAUCCCACCGUGACCUGCCUCGUCACCCAUCCGGCUACAAACAAGACUCUGUCCCUAGAUCUAUUGUACACUUCCCCCACGCUUCACUAUCUCCUGAUAGGAGGAUCUGCAAGUGCUGCGGCUCUCAUUGGUGUUGGUGUGAUUUUAUGCUUGAUUUUCAGGUGGAAGGCUGGCACGUUAUGUGAAUUGUCACGUGGGCCAGGAGCACCAUUUACAACCAAGAACUUCAGGUUAACACCAGAGCAUGAGGAACCAUAUGCAGUCCAGCCUUCUGUUUUAUCAGAGCCUGUCUAUCAGAAUUACAGUCCAAGGCUUAUCUAUAUGAAUUUUUAACAGUGGAGACACAAGCGGUCUAAUAUCAGCUCUGUUACUAAUGAUAGUCAGUUGCCUGAAUUUGUAUUUGAGCCAACAAAUCUCAGACCCUAGCACACAGCAGGCCAGCAGGACACCCAGCUCCUCCAAAAGCCUUUAUCUUUCCUGACCUGAAGACAACUGGGGACAGCAACAUGUUUUAGUGACUUAUUUUUCUUUUUCUUUAAAUAUCAGUACGGCUCUUGAAAUGUUUGAAACUUUUAAAGACUGAGUUGGAGACACGCACAUCUGAAUUUUGUUGAAAAAAUGGUCUUCCCUCAAAUCAAUAAUUGACAUACUUGUGCCAAAAUAACAGACUGAUGGUGAAAAUGUAGCGCACACUUCCCUUUUAGUAACUGGGUUCCCUUCACUUUUGUGGUGGGAACCAGGAAGUGACACAGGGGACCCCAGAACGAAGAAGGCCAAGGAGCUCCAUCCAACAGAAAUGUAGAAAUAAAAGAGAUUUUCUAUGUAGGUAGUUAUAUGCCACGGAUGACAAUCUGGUAUUUGUCAUCACUAUUUACUUUUUUUUCUUUUAUAUAUUUCUUUUUCAGUUAUGCUCUCUGUUUGCAUUCAUAGUAGCAGAAGCAAAGCCACUUUGAAUCUGUACUUGCUAUGGAAGUGAGAAAUAGCAACAGGCAGUUUUCUAAGAUUUAUUUUGAGGUCAGCAUCUAAAUGCACAAAUAUUUAUCUAAAAUUAUUUCUGGGACUAUUUGGGGCUAUUUGGGUUUAUAUUUAUUGACCAAUUUCUUAGAAGUUGGGAUCACAGCAUGAUUUUACAGAGAACAAUGGUGCAGGGUUGUGAAAAAUGCUGGUAGUGUGCUUAUUUAAAAAAAAAAAAAAAAACAAAAACCCAACAACAACUCCUCAAACUAUUUAUUUCUUCUCACCCCUCCCCACCUCCGGAGCUGAAAAAGCCACAGACUAGAUGUUAAUUUCAGUUUUCAUAUGUCAAGCUGGUCGAGCCUUCCAAAACACUAAUGCAGCACUAA